AUGUUCUCAAACUCAAUCUUAUCUUUUUAUGACAAAAUUUCCAAAAUUGAGGAGGAUUUAAAAGAUUUAAUGGAAGAGGAGGUGUUGACAAUUUUGGUGGUGAUUAUUGUCGUUGUAAUUGAUGAUGAUGAAACUUCAUCAAUCUUUAUUAUUACCAGUUAUUUGAUUGAUAUAUCUAAUGGAGAUGUUUUCGGUAUUUUUGAUGAUUGUACUGUUGAUAUUUUUGAUGCGCUAUUAGUAGCAGCAGAUGAAUGUGAUGAACAGAUAUAG